AUGGAGAAUCAGCCGCCCCUCACAUCACCGGACUUGCUUCCGGCCACUGAAGACAUUGAGACCCACAUGUUGGAACCCCCAAAUAAUAACCAAACUGUAAAAUCACCAGAACCUGGUGGAAGUUCUCACAUUGUCUCAGACAUUGUCCCACAUAAGGAAAAAAGCUUUGUAGAAAACCGGAGCUAUACACCGCCCGGUCCAAUAGUAUGUCCAGCCACUAACAUCAAGGAGGAACCACCAGAAGAUGAUGACGUCAUCAUCACCAAAAUCCUGAUCUCUACAAAGCAGGGCCCCCGGGAUUGCAGCUUCAAUAAGGAACAGAACAAGUCGGUUGUACAUGAAAGACGGGACCUAAAAAAGAUGCAUAACGGCAGUCUGAAAUCUUCAAAGACCCACAACGGUUCAUCUAACCACUCUGUACGGGUUCAAAUGCCAGAGAGGAAGUGGACCUACGAGUGUGGGCAGUGUGGGAAAUGUUUCAUGAGUGACUCUGAACUUUCCAAACAUCAGCUGACCCACACGGAGGCCCAAGCCUUUAUCUGCUCAGUCUGCAGCAAGUGUUUCUUCAACGAGUCGGAUCUCGGUAAUCACAUGGAGAGUCACUUCAACGCCAAGACCGCCUACGACGUGCCUUAUGACCCAAACUCUGUGCUGUACUCCCGCUUGGUCCAAAAUCAGCCCUUUCGAUGCCACUACUGCGGAGAAAAUUUUGACAGCAAGUUGGAGCUGACUACUCACCAGCUGGUCCACUUCAAAAACCCCUAUACGUGCUCAGAGUGCGGAAGGAACUUCCUAAGCAAGUCAGGCCUCGUCACCCACCAGAAAACCCACUCGAAGCAGUUCGACUGCCCCACGUGUGGGAAGAGCUUCUUGUCGAAAGCCAACCUUCUUCUCCACCAGGAGGUCCACCUGAACAGCACGCCUGAUGUAGUUCAUGAAACAGAGGUCAGCUUAGAUGGGGAUUCAGUUAUCACCGUGCACCAGAUCGACAACCUUUUCUCCUGCACCGAGUGCGGGGAGUUUUUCGACAGCCAGGACAGCCUUCUGCAGCACCAGCAAAGCCAUGUGACCGCCAACUCGUAUGUGUGCCCAGAAUGCGGGAAGGUUUUCAACCGAAAGUCAAGCCUGUCCUUGCACCACAAGGUCAUCCACCAGGGCAACGUCCUCUACGCUUGCCCGGACUGCGGCAAGGGCUUCAGCUGCCAUUCGGAGUUGGCUCGGCACAUUCGGGUUCACACGGGGGAGCAGCCGUACUCCUGCGCCCAGUGCGGCAAAUGCUUUUCCUUCAAGUCGGCCCUCGUCCGUCACCAGAGGAUUCACAGCGGCAACAGACCUUACCUUUGCUCCGUGUGCCGCAAAGGUUUUUCCUGCAACUCGGCUCUUCAGAGGCAUCAGUCCGUCCAUUUGAGGGACAGCUUUGUGCUGUUUGUGCCCAGUUAAGGAGGCAACUAAUAUAAAGGAGGACUCUUCUGUGCGCUAGUGUAGGAAAAUGCCAAGUGGCAUAGCUCCGUCAUACAGUUUACAUCUGGCAUCUCUGUGUUUCUAACAUUUGUUUCUGGCCACUCCUCCUCACUGUGUAAUAGCGGAUCUUGUCCAAACCAAGGUAGAAAGCUUCCCUGUUGUAGCAGUGCAAGGGCAGGGGGCAGCCAUGGAAUUUGUCAGGGUGUCAUGUAGUGGGUUGGGGCUGUGCCUACCAGCAAGAGGUGCAAGAUGUCUUGGUUAUAGCAGCUUCUCCUUUAAAAUCGAUAUUCUGACUUUGACAUUUAGUCCUCUAUCUAUUGAUGCAGACUAAGGCAAGACCACCAAGUGGAAGCCACCAACCUUUGACAUUCACCUAAAAUAUUUGCCUUAUUAAUCAGUGAAUCUCUAUUUACUGCACCAGCUGAGGUCCUCCCAAAUUGUAGUUGAAGGAAAUGUGUUAGUUUGCCAAUCAAUGUGACAGGUUCUCUUGGUAUUUCACCCCCCCUUGACCACUGUUAGCCACUGUCGCCAUGCUUCCUCUGUCAGAGGUUUAUCUAAUCUCUGUUUCUUGUUUAUGCACCGUGCCAGUCUGUGUUGGAGCUUACCCAGGCUUAAUGUCUCCCCCCACAUGUCCAAGUUCAGGCCUGGUGGUCAGCAGCCUAAAACAGUGUAUUAGGUAGUAGAAAAUGUCCUGGUUUCUGUAACAGUGCCCCAUCAUUGGUGUCAGUGGAGGGAAUAGUGCUUCAUCA